AUGUCCACAAUCGCCCCCGGUGAGAUGAAGUCGUCGAAGCCACCCAUCAUCCCUCGCCCCUUCGAAGCGAACCAACCGCAGACGAUCCGACUAUACCCCUUGUCCAACUACACAUUCGGCGUCAAGGAGACCCAGCCUGAGGAGGACCCCAGUGUGGUCGCUCGACUUAACCGCCUUCAGGAGCACUACAGCAAGCAUGGCAUGCGACGCACCUGCGAGGGCAUUCUCGUCUGCCACGAGCACAAUCACCCCCACAUCCUCAUGCUCCAGAUCGCAAAUGCCUUCUUCAAGCUUCCUGGAGAUUACCUGCGCCCGGAGGACGACGAGAUCGAGGGCUUCAAGACGAGGCUUGACGAGCGCCUGGCUCCCGUCGGCAGCCUGGGAGACGGCCAGACGGCGGGCGACUGGCACAUCGGCGACAGCCUUGCCCAAUGGUGGCGCCCCAACUUCGAGACCUUCAUGUACCCUUUCGUCCCUGCCCAUGUGACCCGGCCUAAGGAGUGCAAGAAGCUUUACUUCAUCCAGCUCCCAGAGACCAAGGUCCUGAGCGUCCCCAAGAACAUGAAGCUACUCGCUGUCCCCCUCUUCGAGCUCUACGACAACACCGCCCGCUACGGACCUCAGCUCUCCGCCAUUCCCCACCUGCUCAGCCGCUACAACUUCGAAUUCGUCGACGAGAACGGUAAGGUCGUUGCUCAGACCCCUGGUGGUAGGGCGCCGGAUGGCUACGAACCAAAGACCCAAGUUUUGGCUGGUGGCGACGUCAACAUGAAGGAGGAAGAUGCGCCAGAGUAG